UGAUAUCCUCAUUCUGUUUAUGGCAGCAAUACGGUUACACAGAGCUCGUAAGUGCUGGGCACCAACGGAGCAUCAUGUUUGCCCUCUAGCAAGGCCGGAGCAUUGCCUGCAGCUUCCUCUCCAAGGCUUUAUGCAGUUAAGUUUUAAGUGUCUCCAGUAAUGGGUCUCUUGGGAGACUGCUGUUCUGGACCACCGCACUAAGCAGCAUCACCUGGUAUUCAGCCCUCACUGGUCCAGGACAGAGAAGAAAGCCUUUCAUAUGGUUCAUACUGGGAUGUUGUGUCCCUCCCCCAGUUUCCCAUCUGAGUUGUUCCAGCUGGUGUUGCAGCAGGAGGUAUAAUACCCUAGAAGCUCUUAGCUCACUAAGCCUUGGGAUCCUGAAGUGUGAGGAAAUAAAGGGGGGAAAUCAGAGGAUGGCUGUUUAAUAGCAAUGUGCAUUAUCAUGGGCUUCCCUGCCUUCCUGGCCUCCCAUGUCUAGCUCUGCCAGCCUGGGUCACGGUGAUGGAGGGCAGCUACAUGGUUCUGAUCAGGCAAAGCUGAACGCAGAUCUCAGCAGUCCUUCCAGCACAGGCUCAGAUGCAUGUAGGCAUAUCCCUGCCAAGCCCAGCAUCUCCCUAGAGCACCUGGAGCAGGACCAGACCAGGCGAGGCUAGUGCUUCCAGCUAUUCUGGGGCUAUCUCUGCUGCUUUGCCAUCCCAUUGUGGUCUUUUUUGAUUUGCUGUGUGGGCAAUGGGUUUCCCUGCUUGAACUCUAAUCCGUUUAACUCACUUCAGGUCCUAAUUCCUCUUAUAGAUCUCCAAUCUCAGCCAUUGGCAGCACUGUAAUUAGUCUGUCUGCAGCCUCUUUGGGGUGGCAGUGAGACUAACCAGAAUAAGAGAAAAUAGGCACAAAGCCCUACCUUCUUUCUUGACACCAGCUCCUAACACCCUGCAGGGACCUUCCUCUGGUCUGAGGAGGAUAGAAGAUCAUUUCAGUGGCCGUGUGAUGCGGUGACUGGGGGGAAAUAAGUCUUUCCUUGAUUGAAACUGUGCUGAUCUCAGCACUUUUCCAUCGAAUGUGCCUUACAAAAGGUUUUUCCUGUUCCAUCAUUAUCAUGGGUCUUAAAAAAGUGCCUGGGCUUUUCUUCCGCUCCGAAAUGCAACUUGUAAGCUGGACUGCGGACAUAACAGCUGAUAAGACUAGGCUGCUUAAAGAGGUCUGAAGAAGUCAUGUGGAUCAAUGUGACGUGCUUCUGAGGGAAACAGGAAGAUGAAGAAAGUCAUGAAACCUUGGAGGGACGAGCAUGGCCUUUGUGAAAGCCUGGCCAAGCCAACACCCACGGGCUCUGAUUUCUUUGCCACCAUGCCGACUUCCAACCAGGGCUGGCCUGAAGCUUUUGGGUUUAAGAUAAGCGGCAAUGGUCCUUGCUACAUCCUUGCGGUGGAAGAAGGCAGCAGUGCUCAUGCCGCUGGCCUCCAGCCAGGAGACCAGAUUCUGGAGAUAGAAGGGCAGCCAGUCUCAUCCAUGAGCUGCGAAGCUCUCAUCAGCCUGGCGAGGCAGUGUGAGAACGUGCCUCCCAGCAUUGGUGUAGUCUCGCGCAUCCAGCAGAUGGACCUCAAGCCUGGCCCGGAUGGGAAGUUUGGCUUCAACCUGAUGUGUCACAGUGGCAGCCCCCUGCAAGUGGAGAGUGUGGUCCCUGAGUCGCCUGCUUGUGAGCGUGGGAUCAAGCCAGGGGACUACGUGCUGGAGAUCAACGGGCUCCUGGUGAAGUUUUACGAAGUGGCUGCUGCCAUGAUCCAGUCCUGCCAGGGGAAGGCUCUGAGACUGGGGCUUCUGCGUCUCGGGCGGCUGCAGAGAUGGGGCAGCAGCAGCGUCCGGGAAUUUGUCCAGAGCGCUGACGCCAUCCAUCAGGAGAGGAAGCAGAAGGCCCAGGAAUUCAGCAAGAAGGUGGAUGAAAUCCUGGGUGGCCAGCCAGAGGUGAAGGAGAAGGUAUUCAUGAUCUUGAAGCAAUACGCAGCUGAGCGGAAGGUGGAGUACUUGGCUUAUGCCCUCUCCAUGAUUCUCACCAGUGAGUCCCACCAGCUCCUCAUUGACAACAUCAGGAUCUUCAUCCCCAAGAAGCACCGGCAGCGCUUUGACGAGGUGGUGUCGCAGAGCCUCAUCAGCAAGCUGUGCCGCACCAAGAGCGAGCACCACACCAACCGCUUGCGCCGCAGCCGCAGCGAGGACCACCAGGAGCGCCUGCUGGUGUCCACCCGGGCCAGCUCCGUGCCCCGCAGCCACGAGGAGCUCAGCAAGAGCUUGAGGAAGACCACCUCGCUCAUCACCAGCAAUGUGGCAACUGGGGCUGGCCGCAGAACCGUUCGGGUUUAUAAAGGCAACAAGAGCUUUGGCUUCACGUUACGUGGACACGCCCCAGUGUGGAUUGAAUCCAUUCUGCCUGGGAGCCCAGCUGAGAAGGCUGCUCUCAAGCCUGGAGACCGAAUCCUAUUUCUCAAUGGGCUGGAUAUGAGGAACUGCUCCCAUGACAAGGUGGUGUCCAUGCUGCAGGGCAGUGGAGCAAUGCCUACACUGGUGGUGGAGGAAGGGAUCGUCAAUUUUACUAAUGACUCGGACUCUGGGGACUCCCCGAACCCGUCCUCGGCUCUCACCUCCCUGCAGUGGGUGGCAGAGAUUCUUCCCUCCAGCAUCAAGAUCCAAGGAAGGACCUUCAAUCAGCAGCUGGAACAUCUGCUUACGCCGCCCGAGCGCUAUACCAUCUGCAAAGCACUGGAGGGCUUCUUCCAGCAUCGGAACAUUGACACGCUCAUUGUGGAUGCGUACCCUGUGCUGGACACGCCAGCCAAGCAGGUCAUUUGGCAGUUCAUCUACCAGCUGCUGACAUAUGAAGAACAGGAGCACUGCCAGCAAAAGAUUGCCAGGUUCCUCGGCUACAAGUCCUUGGCAGCAGAGCCAGAGGCUGAGGAGCGGCACCGGAGCUCGGUGAGAGGUGCCUCUUUGUGUCGGGGAAGUCUUCGAACCCGCGGCCCAGAGGAGAGCAGGAUGGCAGGCCAGAGUGACAUGGGGGAGGUCCCAAUUCGACUGGCUCCUGGAGAGCGGCAGGCGGGUGACGGCACGUCCCUCCCAGAGACGCCCAACCCCAAAAUGAUGUCGGCUGUCUACGCAGAAUUAGAAAACCGCCUGAUUGGCAGCUUUGCAGGAAAGAUGGCCAAUGCAGCCCCACGCAGAACAUCGUCCCCCGUCUCAGACCAAGCGAAUACUGCAGGUGCUCGGAAGUCAGGCAUGACCAUCUCCUGGCAGAACGAUCCUCUGCCCUCGCAACAAUGCUACUACCACCCGCAUGGCAGCCUCCCUUCCCCGAGCAGCACGGAGUCCAACCCCUACGUCAGCCUGGACAGCAGCCCUGCCCCUUCGCCCAAGCACACGGACUACACACUCAGCCCCCUGUCUCGCCGCAAGAAGCUCUUCACUUUCUCACGGCCCCCACGCAGCCGGGACACAGACCGCUUCCUGGAUGCCCUGAGUGAGCAGCUGGGGCACAGGGUCACCAUUGUGGAUGACUUCCUCACGCCAGAGAAUGACUAUGAGGAGAUGAGUUUCCAUGACGACCAGGGCAGUUACAUCACCAACGACAUGAGCAGCACUAGCGAGUACAUCAGCAGCAGCGACGAGGGGAGCUCCCUCACCUACUCCACCCUGUCUGAUCACAUCCCCCCACCCCCACUCAGCCCNNCCACCAAGCCCCUCAUGAGUCACCUGCACCCUGUCCCUCCCCCGCCCCCACCCCCACCUCCCCCACCGGUGCCAUGCGUACCCCCCAUGCUGCACCGAGGCCUCAUGCAUCGCCGGAGCGAGUCCAACCACAUGAGUGUCAAGCGGCUGCGGUGGGAGCAGGUGGAGAACUCUGAAGGGACCAUCUGGGGGCAGCUCGGAGAAGACUCUGAUUACGACAAGCUGAGCGAUAUGGUCAAGUACCUCGACCUGGAGCUGCACUUUGGCACUCAAAAGCCUACGAAGCCAGCGCUCAUGCCAGAGUCCUUUAAAAAGAAAGACGUGGUUGAAAUUUUGUCUCACAAAAAGGCCUACAACACAUCCAUCCUGAUCGCCCACCUCAAGCUGUCGCACAUUGAGCUGCGCCAGAUCCUCAUGACCAUGGAGAGCGACCGCCUAGAGCCCUCACACAUCAAGCAGCUGCUGCUGUACGCACCUGAUGCUGAAGAGGUUCAGCAGUACCAGAGCUACCAGGAGAGCCCCAGCAAGCUGAGUGAGCCCGACCAGUUUGUGCUGCAGAUGCUGUCAGUGCCAGAGUACAAAACCCGGCUCUGCAGCCUUCACUUCAAGACCACGCUGCAGGAGAAGACGGAGGAGAUCAAAGCCAGCUAUGACUGCAUCUGCAAGGCCUCCCUGGAGCUGAAAAGCAGCAAGAAACUGGCAAAAAUCCUAGAGUUUGUGCUGGCCAUGGGAAACUACUUGAACAACGGGCAGCCCAAGACCAGCAAGACGACGGGCUUCAAAAUCAACUUCCUCACUGAGCUGAACACAACCAAGACCGUGGAUGGGAAAUCCACGUUCCUGCACAUUCUUGCCAAAUCACUAAGCCAACACUUCCCAGAACUUCUGGGCUUUGCCAAGGACCUUCCCACAGUGCCGCUCGCUGCCAAAGUGAAUCAGAGGAUGCUGACAGCAGACCUCAAUGACCUCCACACCACCGUCAGUGAGAUAGAGACAGCCUGUCGCAACAUGCCGGCUACUGCGGAGGACCGGUUUGCUGUUGUGAUGAGUUCCUUCCUGGAGAGUGCCCAUCCUGCCAUCCAGGGCCUGGAGGAGCUGCAGCAGAAGUCCAUGGAAGAGUUCAGCAAAGUGCUGUCCUUUUUUGGGGAAGACUGCAAAGCGACGACGUCUGAAGCUUUCUUUGGCAUCUUUGCCGAGUUCAUGAGCAAGUUUGAGCGGGCGCUGGGGGACGUGCAGGUGGGCGAGAGCCAACGCAGUCCCAGGAUGACCUCCCCCCUUGCCUGGUGAUGGGCUGGUGGUGACCUGAGGGGCAACGCUUCAUUGCCAACCAAGUGCAAUCAGUUCUCAUGGUGUGGGCUGUAAAUAGGGGGUGGGCGCCAAGACCAGAACGGUGGCCCCAGGGGGAGGGGCUGAUCUGUGCUAACAGGGACAGUGAAGCAGCACUGCAGGUGAAUCGAGGGCUGGGCACUGGGGCGCACCCAGGGCUGCCACUGCAGCAGAAGCACUGUGCUAGCCCUCCCUCCACGGUCUCCUUCCUGAGCAGCCACAUCCCCAGUGUGUUCCACCAUCAGGUGUUCAGGCGCACCAGGCUACCAGAACCCCUCUCUGGCUUUAAUGCUUCGCCUGUCCUGGCGGUCACAAACGCUCCUUGCCCGGGACUUCCACUGCAGGUACACAGAGGCCCUUCCUCUGCUCCCUGUGCAGCCAGGACCAGGCUCUUUGGCACUGCACCCCACUCCUGGACUGCUGGGCUGAAUGAGAGCAGAGUCAGGCUUGCCCUGCCCUGGGCAGGCUCAGACCCUGGUGCAAUGGGCUUCCCCAGGAACUGCCAGUGGGUCCUGACAAGUCAGGCCGACCCUGCCUCUGCACUGCCAGCCCCUGCACCGCCACGCACCCAGUCCUGCGUCAGGCUGAGCCAGCAUGUCAGGGUUCAACCCUUUGGCCUAGGGAGGAUGGAGGGAAAUCAGCUUCCAGAGCUGUGCACAGCAGAGCUGUUGAGCUCCUGAACACAGAUCCCAUCUGAUUCCAUCUCCCUGCCCUCUUCCGAAAUGCACGUGCUCUUUGCUUAGGCCUGUGUCUGUGACUGGUGGGUCCUGAUGGCUCACUCAGAAGGUAAUAUCUUCCGCUUCAGUUCCACACAGACUUGCCUGGGAGAGCAUUUUGAUGCCUCCAGGGAAAGUGCAAACCCCUGGGCCAUCUGCAAAGCACUGGAAUGCCUUUCAGCAGCAGAAGACCUGCCUUGUAACAUCUGAGACCAGCCAGGGAGUCUAGCAGAAAAUGCAAUGGGUGCUCUACCCUUUGAGCUGCAGUCCCCCAGGGAACAUCUGUGACCGAGCCCACCCGGCCUGUGCACUCCAGACCCACACACUCUACUGUCCCCACGGCUUCUGAUUAUUCCAUAUGUAAAUGUAAUUACAUCUGGGAUGUUGCCCUGGGACUAGAGCUCUAUGCCACUCCCAUGGUCAGCGCGUGUGCCUCUCGGCAGCACAGCUCGCUGCAGUCCUGGCAGCAGUGACCUGCCGGUGCGUUAACAUUGCGAGGCAUUACUCUGUGCAAAACACAUUUGUUGCCUUUCCAACAUGACGUGCUCUGACAUCCCACUCCAUGAAACGCUCCAGCAGCAGCCCCAGCUUAGGUAACACCCCUCAUCCAAACACGUCUCCUCACUGAACGCCAGAGCAAAAGUCCCAUCACAGUGUCCACCAAUGGCAUGGACUCACCAACCGGUGCAUUAUUUACAGGAGACCUUAUCAACAUCCAGCCCUUCGUUUUCAGUAUUUUUUGUUAAGCCCUGCUGUAGACAGUGAUGUAUACUUCCACCAGUGUUCUCCGUUUAAGUGCCAGGUAGCUUUCAGCAUCGUAUUACCGGAUGCUCAGGCCUGUCUGUCUUUUUCCUUGAUUGACGACGAUAGGGCAAUGUGUAUGUAUCUCCUCUGUUCUUCGUUUCAGAUGCUGCAGACUGUGUCCAGCUGAUCUCUCUCUCCUCUUUUUUUUUUUUUUUUAAGGA